GCAGCAUUCUCUCCUCCUCCCGCAGCCAUGAGCUCCAAAACCAUUCCGGCGGUGGGCAUCGACCUGGGCACCACCUAUUCCUGUGUCGGAGUCUUCCAACACGGCAAGGUGGAGAUCAUCGCCAAUGACCAGGGUAACCGCACCACUCCUAGUUACGUGGCCUUCACCGACACAGAGAGGCUGAUCGGGGACGCGGCCAAGAACCAGGUGGCCAUGAACCCCCAGAACACCAUAUUCGACGCCAAGAGACUGAUCGGCAGGAGAUACGAUGACCCGACUGUCCAGACCGACAAGAAACACUGGCCUUUCAAAGUGGUCAACGACUCCUCCAGACCCAAAGUUGAGGUUCAGCACAAGGGCGAAACCAAGACCUUCUACGCAGAAGAGAUCUCCUCCAUGGUCCUGUCCAAGAUGAGGGAGAUCGCAGAGGCUUACCUGGGAAGGAGCAUCUCCAGCGCCGUCAUCACCGUCCCCGCUUAUUUCAACGAUUCCCAGCGCCAAGCCACCAAGGACGCCGGGGCUAUCACCGGACUCAACAUCCUGAGGAUCAUUAAUGAGCCCACAGCCGCCGCCAUCGCCUAUGGGCUGGACAAGAGGGUGGGAGCUGAGUGCAAUGUCCUCAUCUUUGACUUGGGUGGUGGAACCUUCGAUGUGUCCAUCCUCACCAUCGAAGAUGGUGUCUUUGAGGUCAAAUCCACAGCUGGAGACACACACCUCGGUGGUGAGGAUUUUGAUAACCGUAUGGUGAACCAUUUCAUUGAAGAGUUCAAGCGCAAAUACAAGAAGGACAUCAGUGGGAACAAGCGAGCUGUGCGUCGCCUCCAUACUGCCUGUGAACGAGCAAAGCGAACCCUUUCCUCCAGUUCCCAGGCCAGUUUGGAGAUCGACUCUCUGUACGAGGGUAUAGACUUCUACACCUCCAUCACCCGGGCACGGUUUGAGGAGCUGAACUCAGAUCUCUUCCGAGGAACUCUGGAGCCUGUGGAGAAAGCUCUGAGAGAUGCCAAAAUGGACAAGAGCCGUAUCCAUGAAAUUGUGCUUGUAGGGGGAUCUACCAGAAUCCCAAAGAUCCAGAAGCUUCUGCAGGACCUAUUUAAUGGGAAGGAGCUGAAUAAGAGCAUCAAUCCUGAUGAGGCAGUGGCUUAUGGGGCAGCUGUACAAGCAGCCAUUCUGAAUGGAGACAGCUCAGAAAUAGUGCAGGACCUGCUCCUUCUGGAUGUGACACCCUUAUCACUGGGCAUUGAAACAGCUGGGGGAGUGAUGACAACCCUGAUCAAGAGGAACACAACUAUCCCCACCAAGCAGACUCAAAUCUUCACCACCUACUCAGACAACCAGCCUGGGGUCCUGGUCCAGGUGUUUGAAGGUGAACGAGCCAUGACCAAAGAUAACAAUCUACUGGGCAAGUUUGAGUUGAUAGGAAUCCCACCAGCACCUCGGGGUGUCCCUCAGAUAGAGGUCACUUUUGACAUUGAUGCCAAUGGAAUAUUGAAUGUUUCUGCUGUGGAUAAGAGUACUGGUAAGGAGAAUAAAAUCACCAUCACGAAUGACAAGGGGCGUCUGAGCAAGGAGGACAUUGAUCGCAUGGUGAAUGAGGCAGAGCAUUACAAAGCGGAUGAUGAAUCACAACGAUUGAGGGUAACUGCCAAGAACACCCUUGAAUCUUACGCAUACAGUAUGAAAUCCACAGUGGAAGAUGAUAACAUAAAGGGUAAACUAAAUGAAGAUGACAAACAGAAAAUCUUGAACAAGGUGAAGGAGACCCUGGAUUGGCUAGAUCGAAACCAAAUGGCUGAAAAGGAUGAGUUUGAGUUUCAUCAAAAAGAGUUGGAGAAGGUGUGUAAUCCUGUCAUCGCCCAGCUGUACCAGAGUGGUGCUGCCCCUGGUCCGGGGGGAUUUCCUCAAGGAGCAACAAGUGCCCCAGGAUCUGCUGGACCAACUAUAGAGGAAGUGGACUAAAGCUUAGAAAAAUUAAAUGAAACAAAAAAUGAUUCUCUACCUGAGAUGAUGCAACUAAACUAGCAUUUUGUUUUCUAAAAACUCAUUGUUAAUCUCUUCAAUUCAGGUUUAUUCUUUGACUAACAAGUUACCCACAAUGUAAACAGAGUAUAGAGGUGUUACACCAAAAUAGACAGUGGUAGAUUACAGUUAGGGUAUCAGACUCAGUUCAAAAAUAUUUUUUCUAAAAUAUGUAUUUUGAUAUAAUUAAUUUUAUUGUUCAUUACAACACCAAGCUGAAAAUUAAUUGCUUGUUUAUGUAUCAUUAAGUGUAUUUUAGCAAUACACAGAAAUUGCAUAACUGGUAAAUUACACUUAUGAGACUGAAAAAUAUGAACAUUAAAGUGCAUAAAGCAUAGUUAAAAGCCUGCAAUUUGAUUACAAAGGGCUUAAUAGAUACCUAUCAAUGGGUUAUAUAGGGAAUAAUAGACACUGACAAUGGGUUGCAUAGAGGAUCCAAAUCUGCCCUACAUACUAAAUAAGACUUCCCCAUGGAAAUUAUAGUCAGAUGCUGUUAGAUUGCACAGACAGGUAAGGAUUUUGCCCUGCCAUUUCGCUGAUGACUGCAAGAAAAUUAAGCCCUAACUUUGUGAUCAGCUAGACUGUUAUUGUGUGGUUUCACAGGUUGCAGAUACCCUCA